AUGGGGAGGUCCGUCUGCUGGUUCUGGUUAGGAGUGUUGGUUGUCAACCUGAGUCCUAGCUGCUCUGCUGUCGUCCUGGACUCUGUCUAUUGGAAUUCUUCAAAUCCCAAGUUCUCUCCUGGACAGGGGCUGGUCCUGUUCCCUCAGAUAGGGGAUAAAAUGGACAUCGUGUGUCCCCGGGUGAGGCCAGGGGUGGUGGAGAACAAGGAGCCGGAGUACUACCGCGUGUACCUGGUGACCCGGGAACAACUCCACAGCUGCAGCAUCAGCCAAUCGGACACUCCGUUACUCAACUGUGACAAGCCGGACAGAGACGUGAAGUUCACCUUCAAGUUCCAGGAGUUCAGCCCUAAUCUCUGGGGCCUGGAGUUUUUCAAGGGAAGGCAAUACUAUAUCACCUCGACCUCCACCAGCUCUCUACAGGGCCUGGACAACACUGAUGGAGGGGUGUGUAGAGCCACAUCCAUGAAGCUGGUACUGAGAGUAGGACAGAGUUCCUCCAAACCCCUUCCUCUCCCUGAAGAGUCUCCCACCAGGUUCCCCCCUCAGCACCCCGAGGCCCCAGACAACGAGCUUCCCAUUAAGGACAAUGAUGUGACGAACAACGCUGAAAUCACUCACAGCGAAGGAGACAUUGACACAGAAGGCGGAUCCAUCGGCUCUGAGGUCGGACUCUUCGUUGGCGUGGCCUGUUGCAUCGUCCUCCUCCUAUUGGUCAUCGUGGUCCUACUGAUGGUGGUGUGGCGGUACCACAGACGCCACGCCACGCCGGACAGGGACGUCCAACAGUCUCUGUCCCUCAACACCCUGGCCACGCCCAAGAGAGACAGCUACGGAGGGAGUAGAGAGGACAUCCGGUCAGAGCCCAGCCACGCGGUGUUUCCUCCGAGGCCCUCUGACUCUGUGUUCUGUCGGCACCAUGAGAGGGUCAGUGGAGACUACAGGCAUCCUGUUUAUAUGGUACAGGAGAUGCCUCCACAGAGUCCUACUAAUAUAUACUACAAGGUCUGAGGGACCUGUGGGUCUUCUCACAGGGGCCAAGGACCAAUGGAAUGAAUGAGGAGUUGUUCAGUCCCCCAAUGAGGAAGAGACGUCCUCGCUGUGUGCUUUAUGAAGUCAGUGGGCCAAGCUGUGUGCUUUAUGAAGUCAAUGGGCCAAGCUGUGUGCUUUAUGAAGUCAGUGGGCCAAGCUGUGUGCUUUAUGAAGUCAAUGGGCCAAGCUGUGUGCUUUAUGAAGUCAAUGGGCCAAGCUGUGUGCUUUAUGAAGUCAGUGGGCCAAGCUGUGUGCUUUAUGAAGUCAGUGGGCCAAGCUGUGUGCUUUAUGAAGUCAGUGGGCCAAGCUGUGUGCUUUAUGAAGUCAAUGGGCCAAGCUGUGUGCUUUAUGAAGUCAGCGGGCCAAGCUGUGUGCUUUAUGAAGUCAGCGGGCCAAGCUGUGUGCUUUAUGAAGUCAAUGGGCCAAGCUGUGUGCUUUAUGAAGUCAAUGGGCCAAGCGGUGGUACACAUUUCGGCCUGGGACGAGUCCGUCACCUACUUUGAAAUCAUUCACUGUGUUUUAGAAAACACGCUCUCUGAACAAUCUAGACAUUAUCAAGGCUGGAGAAUCAAAUCAUUUGGGCCACGUUUUAUUUCCUUGGAGAGAGAGAAUGGAUAAAGGCAGUAAAGACAGAGUGCAUUCUGGGAUUUUCACUAGGAAAGCUAACCCUGAGUUGGCAAUGACUUGCUGUUACAUGUAUUGCUGCUAAAUGAGGAACUGUCCUCUUUUUGAAUAAAGGAGAUCCAGGCUUUAGACU